GAUGUGGAUGAUGAGGAACCUCGUGCUGAAGACGAUAACUUAUUUGUUCCAGAAGGCGAACAAGUUGAAAAAGAUAUAAAAGUCGAGGAAACCUGGAUAAAAUCUGAUCGGGAUUACACGUAUCAGGAACUUUUGGGACGAGUAUUUCGAAUUCUUCGGCAAAAUAACCCUGAACUUGCGGGUGAUAAGAAAAGAUAUACAAUUGUUCCACCAUCAGUUCAUCGAGAAGGAAACAAAAAAACGAUUUUUGCGAAUGUUUCGGAUAUUUGCAAGAGGAUGCAUAGACAACCAGAGCAUGUUAUUCAAUUCUUAUUUGCCGAAUUGGGUACAAGUGGUUCGAUUGAUGGUUCACAAAGAUUAGUUAUUAGAGGUCGUUUUGUACAAAAACAGAUAGAGAACGUCUUGCGUCGGUAUAUAGUUGAAUAUGUUACAUGCAAAACUUGCAAGUCACCAGACACGAUCCUGACCAAAGAAAAUCGUAUAUUUUUCCAACAAUGUGAAAGUUGCGGAUCCACAAGAUCAGUAUCUGCAAUAAAGACUGGUUUCAAGGCGCAAACUGAGAAGAGAGCGGCUCAAAGAAGAGCAGCUGCGCAAUAG